UAUUAGGAGAAUGUCAUAUGGCCAGAUGAAACCAAAGUAGAACUGUUUGGCAGAAACACAACUCAUGUUUGGAGGAGAAAGAAUACCAAGUUGCAUCCAAAGAACAUCAUACCUACUGCAAAGCAUGGGGGUGGCAACAUCAUGCUUUGGGGCUGUUUCUCUGCAAAGGGACAAGGGCGACUGAUCCGUAUACAUGAAAGAAUGAAUGAAUGGGCGAUGUAUUGUGAGAUUUUGAGUGCAAACCUCCUUCCAUCAGCAAGGGCACUGAAGAUGAAACGUGUCUGGGUCUUUCAGCAUGACAAUGAUCCCAAGCACACUGCCAGGGCAACGAAGGAAUGGCUGCGUAAGAAGCAUUUCAAGGUCCUGGAAUGGCCUAGCCAGUCUCCAGAUCUCAACCUUAUAGAAAACCUUUGGAGGGAGUUGAAAGUCCGUGUUGCCCAGCGACAGCCCCAAAACAUCUUGAGGAGAUCUGCAUGGAGGAAUGGGCCAACAUACCAGCAACAGUGUGCCAACCUUGUGAGGACUUACAGAAAACGUUUGACUUCUGUCAUUGCCAAUAAAGGAUAUAUAACAAAGUAUUGAGAUGAACUUUUGUUAUGGACCAAAUGCUUAUUUUCUAUUACUAUAUACUAUUAUUAUUAUUAGAUUGAUUUCUGUUGAAUUACAGUAACCCAACUUUCUUCAACCCAGUGCUUUAAUGUUGUAUUGAUAGCAGCUCCCAGCAUCUACAAAAAGCAAAGUUGGUCAAGUUUCAGAAUUCUUACUUGGAGGAAAUUAUCAUAAUAAUGGUUAUCGAUGGAGUAGAAUCACAGAAGAUGUAACAAUCAGUUAAGCUGUUUGUGUUCAAUUCUCUAGUUAUUUAUAUGCAGCAAAAGUAAGCAGAAAUAAUUGCACACAUUUUGUAUAGCAGCACAAUUCUAUGUGUCUAGAAAUAGCAACAGUCCUUGAAUAUUUUUUGUCUCAAAAGAGUUUUUCACACUUAGGUGUAGCUAACGUUGCUUAUGAUUUUAGUUCUUCACUUCCCCUAUUUCAUGAACAUGUUGAUCACCAUCUUGUUUUCUUCAUAUAUUUUGCAGGCAGUAUUGUCAGCUGUCACUCUAAUCAAAGUGCUACUCAGUUGCCCUGUAAGUGGAGAGAAAGAGAAAGCUUUCUGGUUUUCCAGUCCCCAAAUAAUCACAGCUUUAGUUUUGCAAGCCAAAGAAGCAUCUCAGGAUGCAGCAUUGCUACCCACCCUCAUUGUUCCUGUGCUAGAGACAGUAGCCAUCCUCCUGAGGCGAGGAGAAGGGAUGCUCUCCAACCCACAUCAUGUUACCCUGGUUUUCAGCAUUCUUCUAACUGCUCCUCUUGAUCAAAGGGAUUAUGGCAGCAUUUUCCUUGGGAUUCAUGAAGUACUCUUUUCCAUACUUCAGUGCCACCCCAAGGUGAUGCUAAAAGCAGCUCCAUCUUUCUUAAACAGUUUUCAUAGACUGGUAGUUUCAGUUAUGCACGAAGGAAGACAGAAAGGAAACAGAGGGAUUGCAGAUGAAUCUGAAGUUAUACUGAAAUGUGCCCACCUAGUGGAGAGGAUGUAUACUUACAUUGCUGCAAAAACAGAAGAAUUCACUGUGUUGUCUCCUUUCAUUGUGGCCCAGUAUGUGAUGGAACUGCAGAAGGUGACUCUGCACCCAGCAAUAAAGAAACAUCUAACAGAGGGAAUUUAUCAUAUCCUUGAUCUUUGCCUUGAGCGUGAUAUCAAGUUUUUAAAUGCAACUUUACCUGCAGGAGUGAGAGAAGUUUUGAAGGAGCUGUAUCGAGACUACAAUCAUUAUCACAAAUCUCUAAAGCAAGGGGAUGAAAAAUACACAGCAUGAGUGUUGGUAUUGCUUUGCCAUAUGACUGUGGAUUAUCGAAUGACAAACAUUUGCAGUUUAUGAUGGCUGUUUGGGUAUUUAAGUGAAAUCUGAAAUCCAGAGACAAUCUGUAUCUAAACUGGCACAUUGGGAACUGUGGCAAACCCAUGCCAUUCUCAAGUUUGUACGUGGAGACUUGGCUGGCUUUUUGACAAGGGAAUACUGUUGAAAUAUUUGCAUAUGUGAAGGGCAGGUGCCAGUUCUGUAGAGAUAAAGCCCACUUGCUAUUGUUGGCUGUACUCUGUUUCUGGCAACAACCUUUGGGAGUCAUGGAAAUCCUCUAUGCCAGUAAAGUAAGAGUGAAUCAUAAUCUUCAUGUAAGCCUUCUCUUGCCAUUAUGGAAACAACAUAAAACUUCUGCAAGUGCAGCAUCUGUCUUCUCUCUCUAUAAAUCCACCUUUUGCGUAUUGUCUGCUACUGACACAGUCAUUUACUGGUCAGUGGAAAGCAGGGUAUGUCUAAGAAGUAUCUGGUAAUGCCUUCAUAGCCAGAUAGAGAUGAAGGCAUCCUCUAGGACUUCCCAGUCCUAGAGGAUGUCAUCGUCGUCGUCAUCACACACCUGACUACAUCCAUAUAGCCAGAGGUGGGUUUACAAGGGGUUUUGGCUGUUGUAUGAUGGAGCUAGAUGUUUCUGACCAUGCAAUGACCAAACAAGUUGCAUAGGUUAGACCAGUGGUUCUCAACCUGUGGGUCCCCAGAUGUUUUGGCCUCCAACUCCCAGAAAUUCUAACAUCUGGAAAAGUGGCUGGGAUUUCUGGGAGUUGUAGGCCAAAAUACCUGGGGACCCACAGGUUGAGAACCACUGGGUUAGACCUUAUGUUUGUGUAACUCACUUAAAGACUGUCAAAUUUUUCUUUUUAUAUAUUUAUACUGGGCAAAACAUAUUUGUACUGCACUUGUGCAAAAUUGUCAAAUAAUUACUAAACAAUCUUUUUGUAAAAAAAUGAACUUGUGUUUCUUCUUUCCACAAAACAUUGACAUGCUGGAAGUAUACAGCCAGCCCUCCAUACUCACAGAUUAUGCAUCUAUGGAUUCAAUAAUUCAUGACUUGAAAAUAUCCACCCCCUCCUCAAAGUUCCAAAAGACAAACCUUGACUUUGCCAUUUUAUAUAAUAAUAAUAUAUACUAUAAAAUAAUAAAAAACUGUAUAUUUGCCCCAUCUCCCUCAGGGCAGAUUCCAAACAGAAAUGGCAAACAUUCAAUGCCUGAACACAACAACAAUACACCCAUAAUAAUGAAAAUUGACAACCCAACAUAUAAAAACAAUUUAUGACUUAAUAACUAAAAUUAAUAUUUUUUAAAAACACAACAUGUUAUAUCAGACAUAAAACAAAACAUUGAACAGAAGCACAAAUUUACCACUUUAAAUAAUUUAUACACUUUAUUUUAUAUAAUGGAACUUGAGCUUCCAUGGAUUUUGAUAUCCACAGGAGAUUCUGGAACCAAACCAAGGGCUAACAAGGGCUAGUGAGGGAUUGAAGCAAGAGAGAAGCGGGCUGAGUAACCACCUGAAUCUUUAUUUGUCACAUUUAUAUGCUCUUCAAUAGCAGUUCCCAUACAAUUUCCCCAUUUUUUUCAUUCACAGAAAUUCUGUUAGGGAGUUAAAACUGAGAAAGAGUGAGCGGCUUAGUAUCAACAAUGAGGGUACCUUUUGUACCCAAACAUCUGAAUUCAUAUCUGAAACUGUCAUCCAGCUUUCUUUUGAAAAGCUUUACUAUAUAGUAUAAAUGCAGUUCUUUACUAUUUUUUCUCAAAAUAAAAAUGGGUUAUUUUCACAGAAGAAAAUCUUAAGAAAACUCAUUUUUGAAGCCUAUUUGAAAUUCAGAACGUAUUCUGUGCAAAAUUCACAUGCCACAGAAAACAACACUUUCUGCAUAGGAAACGGCUUUUUCUACACAGAAAAUAAAAAUUGUAUGUUUAAAUAAUUGUUUUCUGCACCAAAAAGUAACAACCUGAUUAUUAUUAUCAGUUCAGGAUACUUCUUAUUAGGUUUGUUAAACACUGAAAUGUCUGAUUCCUCUCUUUUUGGUUCUGAGGAGCCUUCCUUUUCAACAUUUUGGACAAAAGGGAGAAUUUCUGGAUUCAUAGACCCUAACACCAUGAGGUCUCAGCAGAUAACACCAUAAUCCACUGAAGUUGCUGAAAACAGUUUUUAAGAUGAUGUCUUGAAUGCAGCUCAGCUUCGUAGCAGCUAAAGAAAGUGGAAGCCAAAAUGUUUUUAUCAUUGUUUAGUUCUCUUUCUUGUUUGCUUCAAUAAACAUAUGUUUGGAAAUUCAUUAAAUUCUUUAUUGGAUAUUGCUUUAAUACAUUUAUUAAAUAUAUUAAAAAUUAACUCAUUAACAAAUAAAAUUGUUCACUCAUAUUUGAUUAAAGUGCUACCUUUUGUUUUGUGAGGCUUCCCUUUCAUUAGGUUUAAUGAACUGUCAACAAAGUAUCAAGAUUAAUAUUGAUAUACCCUUGCCGUGACGUCCCUCUCAUUGAUGAAGCCUGGAGCAAUUACUUCUGCAUCUCCCACAUGCUUUAAAAGUCCCUGUUAUUUAGGUCUUCUAAACAUAACAGAUCAAAAGGAAAUAUUGCUCAAACGCACAGAUGGAAUUUAAAGGAGAUAGGGGAAGGGAAAGACCCAGACUUUACAACCUCCAAAUCAAAGCCCAACCUAGAGAUAAAUGUAUUCACUCAGCAUAGUUUUAAAAUAAUAUAUUUUUUUAAACUUCCAGCAAUGACAGCCAGAUCUAUUCCUGCCAGCCAAUACCCCAAAUAGAAAUUUAAUUAUGACAAUGUAUCAAAUAUAGCCAUGUAUGUACAUUAUCAUAUCAUCUAUAAAGAAUUUAAAAUUAUGCAUGUGCGUCUAUACAGAGGAAGAUUGGGAGUUCUGUUUCUAUAAUACAUUGCCAUGCUAUAUAUCCAUUUUAUGUUGGAGCUUCAUUUUUGACAUUUGGCUCUUGAAAAUAAAUUAAAAUACAGUGUGCAUACAUAUACAGACUCGGAGAGAAAAGAGAGGAAGAGAGUGGGGAAAUACACAUCGGUAAGCUGUCAGAUUUGCUCGUCCUGUUGAAACCAUUUCCCAUUCCCUUUCAACCAGGAUGAUUCAGGUGGCAACAGCAAGGCUGCAGAGCAUGGAACUCUUAAGUGUACUCACCCUGCACUUGGGGUGCACCUGUCCUACAUUAUAGAAUUAAUGCAGUUUGACACCACUUUAACUGUUCUGGUUCAAGGCUGUAGUUUUGCAAAGUCUUUAGCCUUCUCUGCCAAGGAGUACUAGCACCUCACCAAACUACACAUGCCAGGACUCCACAGCAUUGAGCAUUUGUAGUAAAAGUGAUGUCAAACUGCAUUAAUUCUACAAUAUAGAUGCACUCUGAAAAGAAAAAGAAGCGAAAUGAAAAAGAGAAAGAAGAGAGAGCACACAAUAGCAGAGAGUGACUCUGCUUCCAGGCCUGGUGAUUUUUUAAAUGUUGGAUGUGAUGGAUGGUGCCUCAAGUGUGUGGGCCAGAAAUCUAGGGGGGGGGGGGGGGGAGACUAACUAUGGCAACCUGUGUUCAGAGUUGGAGAAAAAGCUACAUCUAUUUUGGAGGAAAUGUCAUGACUAACAUUUGCAGUAGUCACCACAAUUCUCUCUAUGGCAGUGGUUCUCAACCUGGAGUCCCCAGAUGUUUUUGGCCUACAACUCCCAGAAAUCCCGGCCAGUUUACCAGCUAUUAGGAUUUCUGGGAGUGGAAGGCCAAAAACAUCUGGGGACCCCAGGUUGAGAACCACUGUUCUAUGGUCUAUGAACUACAUGGCUUUACCUACAGACACACAAAAUACCUGGGGGCCUUCCAUAUUCUCCACUUCUGAACCUUGCAGGAGAUUUCACACCAACCUCCUGUCUCCUCACUUUUUGGCCUAGCUCCAUUGCUGCCAAGGUUCUUGCAACAAGCCAACUCAUGAGUAAAUUGCUUUUCUCAUUGCCUUUUUGGCAGGAUUGGCCCAAAUGUGUACCACUUGCCAAAUCAUUUCUCAGUCCCUUCUGGCAAGACACAUCAUAGAAUCAUGGAGUUGAGAGAGACAAAAAGGGUCACGGCAGUAAACCCUUUGUGUGUCUGCUUCAGGAGCAGAGAUGUAGGAUCUGAUUUCCUUCAUCCUUGAGUUGGGAAAGAAGUAUCAGUCUUAUAAAUAUACUAUGGAGGUGGUGAACAACAACAAAUAGCAGAAGACAUCACAUAAGUUAAAGGAGCACAUACAAGUUAAAUAUAUUAAAAUCCAUUAAUAACAUUA